UGCUCACCUAGCUGCUUAUAUAUCAUAUUGGUUCUACAGCCGUACGGGAUAUGCAGGGUUAUUUUUCAUCGUUUUGGAGCAGAGAAUCAUCAGAGACUGAAACUCAAUUGGCGGAGUAAUUUGUACACAGUAUGGAACCCAUCAAACCCAUCUUCUUGGCUAUCCUUCUUGUCAUUCCUUCACUGCUUUUUUCACCUGUGACAACUGAAGAAGUCGAGGACGAGAGAGAGUUCAACUAUGUUGAAGGAAGUGGUGUAGGUCCCGAGCACUGGGGCGAAAUCCACGAGGAAUGGGCGGCCUGCGGCAAUGGCGAAAUGCAGUCUCCCAUUGAUUUGUCAGAGAAGAAGGUUGAGGUUCUUCAUCAUCUAGGGAAGCUUAAGAGAAGAUACAGACCAUCACGCGCAGUUCUUGUAAACAGGGGUCAUGAUAUAAUGAUUAAAUGGGUUGAAAGAGCGGGAUCGAUUUACAUCAACGGAACUAGAUAUUUCCUCAGACACUGUCACUGGCACUCUCCUUCUGAGCACACAAUUAAUGGUGUAAGGUAUGCAUUAGAGGGGCAUAUGGUUCAUGAGAGCUCUGACAAGAAGGUCGCAGUUGUGGGGAUCUUAUACAAAUUUGGACGGCCAGAUCGUUUUCUCUCUAUGAUGGAGAAUUAUGUCUUCAAAACUGCCGACAAAGAAGGUGCAGAAGAAGAGUUGGGCAUAGUAAAUCCGAAGCGCAUCAAAUUGGGAGGGACGGAGUAUUACAGAUACAUGGGAUCUCUCACUACUCCUCCUUGCACCGAAGGUGUCGUGUGGACCAUCCUGAAGAAGGUGAAGACUGUUUCAAAGGAGCAGGUGGAGUUGUUGAGGAUGGCAGUUCAUGAUGAUUCGGAGAUGAAUGCAAGACCCACACAACCAACCAACUACCGAUCGGUUCACUACUACAAGUCACGGAGACUAUAGUUUGAGCUGCGGAUUCUAAAAUAAUCUUUUGUAGGCACAGGAAUGCAUAAAUGCUGGCUUAUGCUCUCUAUUCAUCAUGCAUACACUUGUGGAAGAAUAAGGGGCGCGGGUCCACUGUUAUUAUUUGUUGUUGUAUUUGUAUUCUAUAUGUUGUAUGUUACAUGGUGAUAUAUGUAUAUGAUGAAGGGUGUAGUAAUACAUAUUACAUGUCUCGUACCAUGUGCAAUACCACUUUUGGUUUGGGAAAUACUAUUUCUAUUGAAAUCUAUAUUUAGGCCUCGUUUGGUUUGCGGGAAUAGGGUCUGGAA